AUGGAUUACCAAGUUGUCAUAGUGACAGGUGGUUGGAGAGGAUCCCUUCCGGCUGUUUGGGUUACAGUUGGUGGAAGUCUAUGCAGUAGUCCACAGAUAAAUCUCCCCGCCAAUACACCGCUGUUCAAAUUUGACUUCUGGUUCAAAAUACGAUCACUUCACUUGCAGCAUAAGAAUCUUGGUGUGCUUUCGACGUUACGAAUUGGUCAUGUACCUGGAGCGGAAAAACCGCCUAAAUGGUACCUCGAUUAUCUCCAACAUUCGGUAAAGCCAUGUGUGAGAGCCGAUAAAUGUAUUGGGUCCAAAUUCCGUCAAGUCUUGAUGAUGAAAAUAUCAGAUGUGUCAUUUCGGUUUGUCGAUUGUAAAGUAGUAAACUAUGCGCUAAAGGAUGCCGCAAUCGUUUCGUGUAUUCAGGUCAUCGUUCGGAAUGAGAUCACUGGUCAGAUGUACAGAUUUCCUUGUGGGCGUUGGUUUGGUCAAGGUGUAGAAGAUAGUCGAUGGUUUGGAAAUGGAUGCGAUGUCAGCUUGGAAAGAUUACUGGUAGCAGAACCUGUCUGCGACGAUGAAAACGGAGACUCAGGAUUUGGCACGGUGCCGAAUUCACCAGCACGUGCAGCUAGAAGGGGAAGAGUCUCGUCUAGAAGUCAAACUCCACAGAGAGAACGCAGUCCAUCGCAAACUCGACCCUAUGACUCGACACCAAAAACGCGCAUUACUGAGAUCCAACAAAUACUUGGCGAAUCUGUGAAUGCGUUGGUGAAGUACUUCUAUAGUGAAAAACAUAGUAAGAGCGAAUUAGCCCAUCUGCUGUGUGGUGAACGAGGACUUGUCAACGCGAUAGAACUGCAGAUACUCGGCGAAUCUGUAAAUGCAUUGGUGAAAUACUUCUAUAGUGAGAAACAUAGUAAGAGCGAAUUAGCCCACCUGCUGUGCGGUGAACGAGGACUUGUCAACGCUAUAGAAUUGCUGCUAGGAUAUUAUGGUGUGAAAAGGUCGUUUUCUGCAAAUAGCGAUAGCAACAUUAUCACUCUGAUGAUGUUGGUAUCCCUAUUUGCAGAAAACGACCAAAACACUCCUAUUUUCCCUGCUUCAAACAGUCAUUUGUGGGAAGUACUGGCGCCUCUCCCACUCAGUUGUCAGGGCCCAACAUGUUCUCGUUCCAACGCCUUCCAAUUUGGUCGCCAUGGCUCUGUUUGGCUUUUUCGGCAACCUUCUCCUUGGGAUUAUGUUGGUAAGUAGUG